GUGAAGCGGAAGUGAACAGACACAUUUGUCGCAAAAAAAAAAAAAAAGCAAUUGUCGCAGGAGAACAACCUGACGAGACGCAGGUGACAAUGAAUAGCCUACUUCCAUCCGACUUAAGGUCCGAGGUCAAGAAAGUCACCAAGAUCCUCAGAGGAUUCACUGAAAUCUCCUCCGGGAAUGGGCCGGACAAACUGAUCCCAGCUCAAGUGAUCGCGUCGGCUGAGGGGCUCGCCAUCAUCUCAGUGGUGAAGGCGGGUUUCUUGAUCACAGCAAGAGGAGGCAGCGGCAUCGUUAUUGCCAGGCUGGCUGACAGACGCUGGUCAGCUCCUUCUGCGAUUGGAAUCGCUGGUCUGGGUGGCGGCUUCGAGAUUGGUGUUGAGGUUUCAGACCUGGUGAUCGUCCUCAAUCAUCGGCGGGCCGUUGAUGCAUUCACAACAGGCGGGAACUUGACAUUGGGAGGGAACUUUACGGUCGCUGUGGGUCCGAUGGGCAGGAACGUUGAGGCCGAUGUUACUCUUCGCAAAAUGGCCGCGGUCUACACCUACUGCAAGUCCAGAGGGUUGUUUGCCGGCUUGUCUCUCGAGGGCUCGUACCUGAUUGAACGCAAAGACACCAACCGCAAGUUCUACUCUCGGGAUUUGCGAGCGUCGGGCAUUUUGAAUGGCGAUGUGGAGCCACCUCAGGAGUGCGACAACCUCUAUGAUAUCUUAAAUAGCUACACUGAGGCCAAUGUUACAGACUGGAGCAGCAAGAAUGUGACCACCAAGUCAUCGCGUCCUCCUGCCCGACCUCCAGCGCCUACUCCUCAGCCAGCAGCGAGCACCUUCCAGAACCAGUCCGAUCCUGGUGCAGUAGGUAAAAAGUCAUUUUACCCAAAUAUUUCCAUCUACAAAUCUAACACUUCAAGUCAGAUUCCUUCCAGAAGAGCUCCACACUUAGAAAGGGAAAAGCAAGUGGCCGGAGCGGGCGAAACCCUGGUGGUCACUGCGGUCCACGCAUUUGACGGUCAGCAGCCUGGUGACUUGAGCUUCCAACCUGGCGACCGCAUCACCAUCAUCACCAAGACCGACAACCAGUACGACUGGUGGGAGGGGCAAUUGGGUGGACGAAAGGGCAUCUUUCCUGCAAACUAUGUCACAUACUGACCUCUGCCACCUGGUGUCUUACUGGAGAAAGCCAGCCACAGAUACGGAGCUUCGGGUACUACGGAAAGCCAUUUCAAUAUUUGUUCCAUAUUCUCAAUAUCCAGUUUAAGGUAUUAGUACGCUAGUAAGACAUUUCAGUGCACUCGUACAAUUACUGUCUUUCUGGUAAGGUUACUAGUGCUGCGUUUGGCCUGCUCCUCAACUAUGGAAAGCAGUUUGAGCAUUUAUCCAAUAUCAAGUAAAUGCUCAAAUGUUUUAAAGUCAGGUCCUUAUACAAGUCUUGUACGCCCUUUGUCCUCACGGGUAACACAAUUCAAUGCACUAGCAUAACAACUAUUGCCCACUACUGUUUUUUUCCCCUACUAGUGCCACCUUUGGCCUAUUAGCAUGCAAUUAAUCCUUACUAGUAAACAAUGGAAACUUGUUUGAGCAUUUAUUUUGAUAUCCAGCUUAAGGUCCAUGUACUAGUACACUAGUAAGACAAUUCAGUGUACUAGUAGAACUAUGGCACACUAUUUUUUCUCCUCCUCCACUACUAGUGCCACUUUUGGCCUUCUAGUACACAAACCUUAGUAAUAAACUAGAGAAACCUGUUUGAGAAUUUAUUAGAUAUCAAACUUAAGUACCAUGUAGUACACUCGUUCAUCUGCGCUAGUAGAGUGACUCGAUAUUUUUCCCACUACUGUAUGUUACUGUAUAUUAGUAAACACUAGUAGAAUCGUGAGGCAAAAUUGUACACUAGUUCACAACUGCAUGUAAACUUUUACUAGUUAACGUCUAGUGCUUCACUAGCAGUACACAGUCAACCAGUGGGCAAUUUUACCCCACCAGUAAGUUGUACGAGUGCGCAGAAAUAUCAAAGUAAUGUAAAAAGAAAAGUUUUACUAGUGCACUAAAUUCUGUUACUAGUCUGGACUACAAGCGUAAGUCUUGCUAUACUGGUGCAGAACAGGUCAAACGUAUUUAUUAGGCACAAAUCAUUUAUCGCAAAUAUUGUCGCCAUUCAUCAAGAAUCAGCUGCUUUGAACAAAAACUACAUUUUUGCCUUUCAAAUAAAAGCAAUUUUGUAUUGAA